CUCCCCCUUUAUAACGCGCCCCCUCCCGGGCUCUCGGGCCGCCUCCUCGUCUGCUCUUCCUAUCUCUCCCCCUUGCCCGGCCGCCCCGGGCCGGGCUUGGCCAGGGAGCCUCCGCCCCCAGGCCUUCCCCACCCCCCCACCCGCCGCCCCGCGCAGCCCGGCGGAGGCGGCGCCGUUCGAGGAGGAGGAGCAGGGCACUGCGGCUGGCCCCGGAUCGGAGCCAGAGCGGCAGCAGCUUCGGCAGCAGCACGGCCCGGGCCAAUGCAGCGGGACGCACCGCCGCGAGCCCCAGCCCCAGCGCCACGGCUCCCUGCGCCCCCGAUCGGGGCCGCCAGCAGCACUGGCGGCGGCGGUGGAGGCGGGGGCAGUGGCGGCGGCGGAGGCUCCUCUGUAGCUCCAGCUCCCCCUGGCCUCCCGGGAACUACAAGUCCCAGGGGGCCUGGCGGCGGGAGGAGACCGGAAGAGGCGGGCUCGGCACCUCGAGGCCGGAAGUGGCCUUGGAGGCGGAAGUGGCGCGGCCGCGGAGGGGCCUGGAGUGUGGCGGGACCGGGAACGGCGGGAGCUGCGGCUGGGGGCGGCGGCGGAGCGCUGGAGGCGGCCAUGGCUAAGCAGUACGACUCAGUGGAAUGCCCGUUUUGCGAUGAGGUCACCAAGUACGAGAAACUUGCCAAGAUCGGCCAAGGCACAUUCGGGGAGGUAUUUAAAGCCAAGCACCGUCAGACGGGCCAGAAGGUGGCUCUGAAGAAAGUAUUGAUGGAGAAUGAGAAGGAGGGGUUCCCCAUCACAGCCUUGCGGGAAAUCAAGAUUCUACAGCUCCUGAAACAUGAGAAUGUGGUCAACCUAAUUGAGAUUUGUCGAACCAAAGCAUCACCAUAUAAUCGCUGCAAGGGCAGCAUCUAUCUGGUGUUUGACUUCUGUGAGCACGACCUUGCUGGGCUGCUGAGCAACGUUCUAGUCAAGUUCACGCUGUCUGAGAUCAAGAGGGUGAUGCAGAUGCUGCUGAAUGGCCUCUACUACAUCCACAGGAACAAGAUCCUGCACAGGGACAUGAAGGCUGCCAAUGUGCUCAUUACCCGGGAUGGGGUCCUAAAGCUGGCAGAUUUCGGGCUGGCCCGUGCCUUCAGCCUAGCUAAGAAUAGCCAGCCCAACCGAUACACCAACCGCGUGGUGACACUGUGGUACCGGCCUCCGGAGCUGCUGCUCGGAGAGCGGGACUACGGCCCGCCCAUUGACCUGUGGGGUGCUGGGUGCAUCAUGGCAGAGAUGUGGACGCGCAGCCCCAUCAUGCAGGGCAACACAGAGCAGCACCAGCUUGCUCUCAUCAGCCAGCUCUGCGGCUCCAUCACUCCAGAGGUGUGGCCAAAUGUAGACAAGUACGAGCUGUUUGAAAAGCUGGAACUGGUCAAGGGGCAGAAGCGGAAGGUGAAGGACCGGCUGAAGGCCUAUGUCCGCGACCCCUAUGCGCUGGACCUCAUUGACAAGCUGUUGGUGCUGGACCCCGCGCAGCGGAUUGACAGUGACGAUGCCCUCAACCACGACUUCUUCUGGUCGGACCCCAUGCCCUCGGACCUCAAGGGCAUGCUGUCUACUCACUUGACGUCUAUGUUUGAGUACCUGGCACCGCCACGGCGGAAGGGCAGCCAGAUCACCCAGCAGUCUACCAACCAGAGCCGAAAUCCCGCCACUACCAACCAGACGGAAUUUGAGCGAGUCUUCUGAGGCUGGCACUGGCCGCUGCUGUUCUUGGUUAGGGUGCAAUGCUUCCUUUGCUCUGGAACUUGCAUGGAACAUGUGACAUGAUGGGACGUUUGAGAUUUUCUCCUCCAGUACAUUUAACUGCACACCCUGGCACUGGGAACGGCUGCCUGAGUGGGCCGGGUGCACCGUUGGCUGCGAGCCCUGGGGCUGUCCUGCUGGCCCCUCUGGAGGGCUCAACAUGGAUACGAAGUGAGGUGGGAGAGGCUCACCCACUGUGACUUUCUCAGAACUCCUUACAUGAUGGGAGGAAGGAACAGGUCCCUCACCGUCCCCGGCCCUUCUUCUGGAUGAGAAUUUGAGGGACAGAGGCACCUCCAAAGUGGGCUACUUUUGGUCCAGACCUCAGGAGCGUGGGGCUGGUGUGAACUCUUGGUUCCUUUAAAAGGAGAAUUUCUGUUUUGUUCAGUUUAGAGACAUUCCUGGAUGCAGUUUGAUUGGUUAAAUUAAAAGUUGGUCAUUUUUUUCCAGUAAA